UAUAUGACGAAGAAGAUGCCCAAGCAUGUACUUCUAAAUUAGAGAUGACUGGUAUAAAGGUAGAACCGUCGUAAUAGGAUGAUGCAUUAUAUAUAAAAAAGGUUCAGCACUGAAGAUAGAAGUGCUAACUCUAAGAAAGAGAAUGUGAUGCAUGGCGAUUAUUCCACAUGGUUGUGGUUAUGAUAGUAGAGGAAAGAGUGUGAAUGAUGUUAUAGAGUGAAGAAAAAGUGAAGAUUAUGAGCGAGGAAGCUGCACUCUUAUAUACAUUCUUCCUGUACAACCUAUACAGUCCAUAGCACAGUAAAACACUGUCCAUUCCACCUUCAACCUUUCAUCACCAUCUCAACCAUCCUCUCACUUACACCACCACCACCACCACCAUCCCCCCAGACUCCGAAGCAAAUCACCAAACGAGGAAAUGACCUCACCAAUCCCCACACCACGGCAAUUCCUAACAUCCCUAAUCAACAGUCUCACCUCCCACCCACCCACAACUGCAGCCACCCACCCCACAAUCCCAAACACAAACACAAGCCCAAACCCGCUAAAGCAAAUCCCACCAAUCCACCGCCCGCUCCUAACCACGCUCUACGUGCUUUACCCCCUGACUCUGCUGCCUGCCUUAGACCUCCUAGACCGACGGCUAGCGACACGCAUACUCAUCCAACCAUCCCCAACAACGAUAACAGAAGCCCACGCACGGCUGCCUAAAAAGGGGGCGGAUAUCUACAUAGUGCGCUCCGCCCAACCACAGCACCCGCGUCGCGGCGGCGGGGAGCCGUCCUCUACAUCCGGUCUAUCAUACGUCGUGCGCCUGGAUGCCUGGAAUUGUACGUGCGCUGCAUUUGCAUUUGCUGCGUUUCCGCGGGAGGAGGUGCAGCGGAGUUACGUCAUUGAGCUCCUUGCGGGUGCAUCUCGGGUUGGACAGGAUGAAAGGUUGAGAGAUGAGGAAGGGGAAGGCAGGACCUGGCAAUUUGGCUCUCUGAGUGUGGAUGGUACGGAAGGAAGCGGGAUCGCGGGGGUGCCUUGUUGCAAGCACUUGCUUGCGUGUGUACUGGCUGAGCGGUGGGGUGGAUUGCUUGGGGGGUAUGUCGAGGAGAGGGUGGUUGGUAGGGAGGAGGCUGCGGGUUUGGUUGCUGACAUCUGAAUAUUCCAGAUACCCUUUGGGGUGGGGGGUAUGAUUAACGGUUUCACGAAGUUACGAACUUGCACAUUUUUCUCUGGCUCUGGAAUGAUCUUGUAGAUCCUGGCAUCAUGGACAUGUAGUAACUCAAGCAUACCAUGAACCUAAAAGUCUAUGAGGUAAAAAC